AUGUAAGAAUCAGUAUCGGCUUAUCUGAAAACUGAACCAGAUUCGCUUAGAGAUCAUCCUCCUAGCAAAUUUAGGCAAAACUUAAUCUAAAGUAACCAACGAAUUUUAAAUGGUAAGAAGGUGACUUACUUAAAUGUCAAAAAACAGAGUCCAUAAAACCAGAAAGAUGCUUGGAAGCUAAUGUUUGGCAAUAUCUUACACGAUAUCAACUUGAAACAAAAAAAGGAAGCCUUUUCCCUGAGGCCAAAGAAGUACCUAUUUGAAUUAUGA